UAUUUAUCUAUUCACUCAAGAAAAAAAAAAUAUUUUUCUAAAAAUCAUUUUGAUAUUGUAAACUGAUAAGAUUAAUGUUUGGUAAAGUCCAUUGCAUUAGUUUUGUAACAAAUUGUGUAUUUCAUUAGUAAUAAGAUCAAAAUGUCAUAUGUUUUUAAAAUAUAUCAAUGGCCGUGUUCACCGUAUAUCAAUAAAAUGUGUUUUCCUGUUCAGAAAUUAUAAACUGUUAUGUAUCAAUACAAAAACGUGAUCAUGGACACCUUUCACUGGCGAAAAUGGUUUCUUUUAUUACUAUUCGCGGUAUAUCGGAGAUUGGACGCAGUUGAUGGUCUUAAAUGCUAUUGCAAUAGCCCAUCGUGUCCAAACGAGACAUGUGAAACAGAUGGCUACUGCUUUGCAUCCACAAGCAUCGAGGGUGGAGUACAGAAGUUCACCUACCACUGUAUCGACCUCAGAUCACUGAUACCCAUCGAGCAUCCCUUCAGUUGCUCCACGACGAGAACUAGAAAUGAUUCAGUGGUGAUCGAAUGUUGUAAGUCACGUGACAUGUGCAAUCGAGAGUUGCGCCUGGAGCUACAUCCGAAGCCGCAAGAAUCGAGUCCCACUGCCAAAGUAUGGCAAGUAUUACCAUGGGUGAUGGGAUUGAUGGCGCUGACUGUUUGCGUCGCCACAAGUCUCUGGUGGGCGAAGCGGUCUCGCAGUCUGAUGAAAGGAGGUCGUGGCUCCAGGCCAUUGUUCGCAGCUGAAGAUUCCUUGGGGGAACCUAGACACCCUAUCAUGGGUACCGCAACUAUACGUGAUAUGAUUGAGCUCACCACAUCAGGAUCUGGAUCAGGGUUGCCACUGCUCGUACAACGGUCAAUAGCAAGACAAAUUCAACUGGUCGAUAUAAUUGGGAAGGGACGUUUCGGCGAAGUAUGGCGGGGACGCUGGCGUGGUGAGAAUGUGGCCGUCAAGAUAUUCUCGUCAAGGGAGGAGUGCUCGUGGUUUCGCGAGGCCGAGAUCUACCAGACCGUGAUGCUGCGCCAUGAAAACAUUUUAGGGUUUAUAGCUGCUGAUAAUAAAGACAAUGGCACAUGGACGCAACUGUGGCUUAUAACUGAUUACCACGAGAACGGUUCGCUGUUUGACUACCUCACCGCUCGGACCAUAGACUCGAACACUUUAGUCAAGAUGGCGCUCUCAAUUGCUACCGGACUCGCUCAUCUGCAUAUGGACAUCGUGGGGACCAAGGGUAAACCGGCCAUAGCUCAUCGGGAUCUUAAGUCCAAGAACAUCCUCGUGAAGUCCAACCUGACGUGCGUGAUUGGUGAUCUAGGUCUGGCCGUGCGGCAUAACGUUGCCAGUGAUUCAGUGGACGUGCCUUCUACGAAUCGAGUUGGUACGAAGCGGUAUAUGGCCCCAGAGGUAUUAGACGAAACGAUGGACACACGACAAUUUGAUCCGUACAAACGGUCGGAUGUGUACUCGUUCGGGCUGGUGCUCUGGGAGAUAGCGAGGCGGUGUGGGACCAUGCCUGAUGAAUACCAGCCUCCGUACUAUGAUAGCGUUCCGCCCGACCCCGCCCUCGAAGAUAUGCGAAGGGUCGUCUGCAUGGAGAAGAGGAGGCCGAACGUCCCCAAUAGAUGGCACUCCGACCCCGUGCUGUCAGCGAUAUCAAAAGUAAUGAAGGAGUGUUGGUAUCAGAAUCCGGCCGCCAGAUUGACAGCUUUACGCAUUAAGAAGACCCUCGCUAACAUAGGCACUGGAGAUCACAUCAAAUUGUAAUCAUAUUAUUCCACCCCAUCACUUAGCUGUCUCCAUAUGUAGGCAACCCUCAAGUACAGUCCACGAGAAUAUUUAUAUACAACGAUGCUUACCAUUAGUCGUUAUAUAACAUUAGUAGGGCCUUCCUCUUAGAAUCAUAUUGUCGCCAAUCCAAGUUUUAGGUGUGUUCUUUUUAAUAGUAAUAUAUAAUGUAGAUAGUGUUGCCAAUUUAUAUUAUUUAAAGAUAAUGUUAACCAAAAUAGUAACUUAAGAGCAAUAUAUAAAGUUAUACCCAUAUGUAAUUGAGGAAUUAAAGACUAUUCAUGGCCGUCUCUUUAUUUACAAUAAACAAUAAUGAAAGCAUUACUGCAAGAACGAGGAUAUACACUCACUUGGUUUUACAAUUUAGAUGUUGUUUGAUAACGAUUGUAUUUUAAAAUUGUUGUAACGGUUGUCAUAUGUACAAGCGAGGAUACUUGCAAUAUACUUAAAGUUAUUGAUAGAAUGAAGUACUUACAAUAAAUUAGAUUUAGUAUAUUUCAUAUAAUAAUUAGUGUUGUAUAAUAAUGUGAAUCAGCAAAAGAAGAGAAGCGACAUUAUGUUGUUUUAUGCGGAACCUUUAAAAGUUUAGGCUUGUUAUAGUCCGUACACGCGCCUGCAGAUCAAUAAACCGAUGGGUGGUAACGUAAUAAUAUUUUAUUUUAUAUAUUAUAGAGAAACGCUAAAAAGUACAUUACAUUUUAUUUAUAAAAAAAAAGCAAAACGACAAAUUAUAUUGAAGGUAUGUGAUUUUUUGUAAAUAGGGCCUUGCCUCAUUAUUUCCGAACUAAAUUCAUUAUUGCGGUAAUGGACAAAACAUAGAAAUGUAUAAAAAAAUAUUGGAAUAUUUUAUAUUUUUGUGAAUAAGUACGUUAUUUAAUGAAAGGGGUAUUAUAGAUUUUAUAUUGUAUUAUAUUUUUGUGAUAAGGAAGAUUUUAUAAUAUUAAACAAUAAUUAAAGUAGAAGUGUUAGAAUCUGCUAGAUGAAUAUAACCUGCUUGUAUACAUUUCGUAUCAAUAGUUACAAUAGUUGUGAAUCAAUCUGUAUAAGCAGACAGAUAAUUUUUAUGAUCUUUACCUAUAAAAACUUUAAUAUAUAUAGAAUAGGAUUAUAGUAAUAAAAGUAAGUGACUUUGAGGUACCUGUCUGCCCCAAAUGAGAAAUCGCAAGUUUAAAAACAUAGGUGGUGAAAUAUUAAAGAGAGCACACAGAGAAUUUUAUUACAAUAAUAUUUAUAUGCAUAGAUUUUAUGUACAUACUAUAUUAUAUUUAGACAAUUAGCAACUCUCCAAUCAAUUUCUUCGAU